AGGUCAGAGUAGGAAGUUUAAAUUUAUUAUUGAAAUAAUUGACAGAAUAUAAUGCCACAAUAAUUUGUGUGUGUGUGUGUGUGUGUGUGUGUGUGUGAGAGAGAGAGAGACAAGACUGUUAUAAGCAACAUAUCACUGACAAUAAUAUAAACCUAAAUUUUGGCUUUGCUAAUGCAGGUAUAAUGUCAUAUUUUAAAAAACAAAAAGGACAAAAAAUCUUUAUUUUUGAAUUAUCAUCAGUUGAAAAAAAUUUUUUGUUCUAUUUGGUAAUCCAAAUCUUGGGGGGGGGGAAGAAAAUAAAUGUCAUCUUCAAUUGUAUAAAAUAUAUUUUCUAUGUUCUAGUGUUCAAUUCCAUCACAUCCCACUCCAUUCCUCAUUUAUAGAGCUUCUACUGCCUCACCACCUUAUGCUUUGCAUAAAAUAAACCUAAGUUAAAUCAUUGGGGGUGGGGUAGGAAGAAUGCAAGGGAAAAUUUAAGAAUAAGAUAGACAAAGGGAAGAUAUUGGAAAAAUAAAAAAAAUGGAAAUGUAAAAGAAGAAUAUUUUUGGUGAAAAAAUGCCUGAACUAAAUUGAAGAACAAUCAUGAUUCAUGGAUUAUUCUUUUCUAUAUAUUGUUUGGUUUUUUCCUCUUGGCAAAAUUCAUAGAAUCAUAGAUUGAGAACUGCAGGAAUCUUAAAAAUCUCAUUUGGAGAUAAGUAAACAAACCUAGAAGGUAACAAAUGCCAAUUGAUUUUGUCCAAUUUUAAGUUUAAAGUAGCAAGACAGGAAUUUGAACCCAGAUCCUGGACUUCAAAGGGAAAGUUCUUUCCAUUAAUUAAUUUUAAAGGGACUGCAUCAAUAUACAGUCCAGAAAGAGUGUUGGUUUUGGUUUAUGAAGUUUUUUUUUUUUUUUUUGUUUUUUUUUUUUUUUAGUAGAAGGGCACUCUUAGAGCCUUGGUUCAUUAAGUUCAUCUUAAGAAUUAUAAACUUUCUAGUCACCUCCAAAUAGCACAGCUCUUAUACAGCUUAUUUAGAAAUAUGGUUUAUAAAUACGGAGAACAUUUGCUAAAAUACUGCCAACCUUCUUCUGCCUCCCUCCCACGCAUCUAAAUCAGUGGAGAUAUUACUAAAAAAGGCAAUUUAGUGUUACCCAUAUUAAAAGUAAACUUUACCUCUGGUUCAUUGUAAACAGUUCUACAACCAGCAGUUUGAUAUUUCUUAAAAGCUUUUAGCUCCUCAACCUGCUCCAAUCUCUUCAAGGGAUGUGGGAAUGCAGAGAAGUAACACCAAAUAAAAUAAUGAAGAUAAUAAUAAUCAGCUAGCAUUCAUAGAGCACUCUGAGAGUGCCAUGAACUAAGCCUGUUGCUCUGUAAAUUAUUUAUAUUAUUGCUUCUCACCUAUAUCAGUAAUUCCAAAAUAUAAGUGAGUCAUUAGGAGGAUGCCCGCAACAGCUGAUUAGGGUUGCCUGAUCCUCGUGAUUUUUUUUUGUUGUUUGUUUUGUUUUGUUUUGUUUUUGUUUUUCCUUUAGCUUCAUCCAUCCCACCUGUUUCAGUUUCAAUCACUUGAGUACGGGUGCCUGUUGCACCUAUCUCUUCUUCCACAAAUGUGAUCACUGGACAAAGUAGACUUCUUGUUGAAGGUUUUUUUCCCUGAAAAUAUUGGAGGAAAAAUCUGAAUCUUUCCAUGAAUCUUCUAGGUGGUGAAAACUUCUCUCUCUCCAACCCCGGUUAUACAGAUAAGUGUUAUAAAAGAGAAUUUUACAGUAGUACUAAUGCUAUUUUCCCCCUCCUUCCCCCCAUCACCUAACUCUUCCUGCCCUGUUCUUCAAAUAGCCUCGUUGCAAGGCAGCAAACCCAGUAACUAGUGAAAGCCGAGAUACCAGAUAUAUGACUGGAUCCGAGCUGCCACGGAGAAAAGGACCCAGACACUCGGAGGCAAAUAGUGCCACCUGGUAGAAAAUCAUUAGUGGUUCAAAAAAAAAACAAAAAAAACCUCAACAUUUUUUUUUUAAUGCCCUCCUACUUCUGUUGUCAAAUCGCUUCUCCACGUUUCCUAGGCAGGCAGUUUAUUCUGGUGCCUCCGAAGAGGGGUGGGAGAACGUUGAAAGCGUGUUCAAAAAUAACUCACAAAGAUCUGAAUCUUAGAGUGUGCCAAACACUUUUGUUGGAGUAUAAUACUGUCUUCGGAUGCCUUCUGGGAUAUGGUGGUUGCAUUUCCCCUGACAGCCCCAGGGGAUUAGGUACCAUUCCUCUACCCCUGGGACUCAAGAGAGAGCUCAGAUGCUGACUUUGGGAGUUCCUUUUAUGCUUUCCUUCUAUGGAGAGCUGCUCACGGUCGGGCUCCUCUAGACUCAUCUGACACACUCCCCUCCUACCUCCCACCCCCAACCACCACCCUGUGACUUUCCCAGAGCCCGUCUGCUCAUUGCAGAGAAGAAGCAAGAAGAAACCUCGCUUUUCCACAAGUCUCUGCCUCUCCACUCCCCCUCCUUACUCCCCCCUCCCCAUUACCGUCACCCCUCCUCCGCCCCCGCCUUCGCCUCCUCCUUCUACUCUGCAAUCGGGAAUAAAUCAGGGAAGGAAACAGAGAAAGGGAAAGAGGAGACAGAAAAGAGAGUGCUUGCCGAGAUCUGUUACAAAAGUAACCCUGAUGGCGGCUGAUCAGAUGAAGCUGCUGUAGGGAGUUGCAGUGAGCUUUUAGUGGGUUUUUCUCUUCCACCGUCCCUCAUUCCAGAUCUCGAUUUUGAUCUCCCUACCAACCCCACCGAGCCCCUCCCCAUCUCUGGCACCUUGCUUGCGUUAUCUCCAGGCGUCUUUCUUUGCAGUGUGUACAUUGGUGUUUUGCCAUUUCUCCCCUCUCCUUCCCGGUUGGUUCCAUUAUCAUAUUUUCCCCCCUGAGUUGGAGAGGUAGUGAGAAGCGGGGGGGAGAGGGAGAAUCGAUCUUCUAUCCCGAAGAUGGCUGCUGGCUGGCUGCUAGUCUUUAGUCUGACACUUUUCCAAUCUUUACUGAUCAACCCUUCAUCGGAAGAACCUUUUCCUUCGGCAGUCACCAUCAAGUCAUGGGUGGAUAAAAUGCAAGAUGAACUUGUCACACUGGCAAGGACAGCAAGUGGAGUGACUCAGCUUCGAGAUAUUUAUGUGAAAUACAAAGACUUGUAUACUGUAGAACCCAACAAUGCGCGUCAGCUGGUGGAAAUUGCAGCCAGGGACAUUGAAAAAUUACUAAGCAACAGAUCCGAAGCUUUGGUGCGUCUGGCUACCAAAGCAGAAAAAUUUCAAGCAGCCCAUCAAUGGAGGGAUGAUUUUGGGAGUAAUGAAGUUGUCUACUACAAUGCAAAAGAUGAUUUCAAUGAUUUUGAAAAAAAUGAGAGUGACCCAAACAGUCAAAGAAUCAGACCUGUUUUUGUUGAAGAUGCUGUCUUUCGACGCCAAACAUCCUACCAGCAUGCUGCGGUCCACAUUCCCACAGACAUAUAUGAGGGCUCAACAAUAGUGUUGAAUGAACUCAACUGGACAAGUGCCUUAGAUGAAGUUUUCAAAAAAAAUCGAGAUGAAGAUCCUACCUUGUUGUGGCAGGUGUUUGGCAGUGCCACAGGCCUCGCUAGAUAUUAUCCAGCUUCCCCAUGGGUUGAUAAAACUCGAACACCAAACAAGAUAGAUCUCUAUGAUGUACGCAGAAGGCCAUGGUAUAUCCAAGGAGCUGCAUCUCCUAAAGAUAUGCUUAUUCUAGUUGAUGUGAGUGGAAGUGUCAGUGGAUUAACUCUGAGGCUGAUUCGUACAUCUGUCUCUGAAAUGUUGGAAACUCUUUCUGAUGAUGAUUUUGUGAAUGUAGCUUCAUUUAACAGCAAUGCCCAGGAUGUGAGCUGCUUUCGACAUCUUGUCCAAGCUAACGUAAGAAACAAGAAAGUGCUGAAAGAUGCUGUGAACAAUAUCAGUGCUAAAGGCAUCACAGAUUAUAAAAAGGGUUUUAGUUUUGCUUUUGAGCAGCUGCUAAAUUACAACGUUUCCAGAGCCAAUUGUAAUAAGAUCAUCAUGCUGUUUACGGAUGGAGGUGAAGAGAGAGCACAAGAGAUUUUUACCAAAUACAACAAAGACAAAAAAGUACGUGUAUUCACAUUUUCAGUUGGUCAGCAUAAUUAUGACAGAGGCCCAAUACAGUGGAUGGCCUGUGAAAACAAAGGUUACUAUUAUGAAAUUCCUUCCAUUGGAGCUAUAAGGAUCAAUACUCAGGAAUAUUUGGAUGUGCUGGGAAGACCAAUGGUUUUGGCAGGUGACAGAGCUAAGCAAGUCCAGUGGACUAAUGUAUACUUGGAUGCACUGGAACUGGGUCUUGUGAUUACUGGAACACUUCCUGUCUUCAAUUUAACAGGCCAAGAGGAAAAUAAAGGCAACAUUAAGAACCAAUUGAUUCUUGGUGUAAUGGGAGUUGAUGUGUCUUUAGAAGAUAUCAAAAGACUUACACCACGAUUUACGCUUUGUCCAAAUGGUUACUAUUUUGCAAUCGAUCCUAAUGGCUAUGUGUUGCUACAUCCUAAUCUUCAGCCAAAGCCUAUUGGUGUAGGUAUACCAACAGUUAAUUUAAGAAAAAGAAGGCCCAAUGUUCAGAAUCCUAAAUCUCAGGAGCCUGUCACCUUGGAUUUCCUAGAUGCCGAACUGGAGAAUGACAUCAAAGUGGAGAUUAGAAAUAAAAUGAUAGAUGGAGAGAGUGGAGAAAAGACAUUUAGAACACUGGUUAAAUCUCAAGAUGAGCGCUAUAUUGACAAAGGAAAUAGAACAUAUACAUGGACUCCUGUCAAUGGCACAGAUUACAGUUUGGCCUUGGUAUUACCAACCUACAGUUUUUACUAUAUAAAAGCCAAAAUAGAAGAGACAAUAACUCAGGCCAGAUCAAAAAAAGUCAAAGUGAAGGAUUCAGAAACACUGAAACCUGAGCAUUUUGAAGAAUCUGGAUACACUUUUAUAGCACCAAGAGAAUACUGUAAUGACUUAAAACCAUCAGAAAACAACACUGAAUUUCUCUUAAAUUUCAAUGAGUUUAUUGAUCGAAAAACUCCAAACAACCCAUCAUGUAAUGUGGAUAUGAUCAAUAGAGUAUUGCUGGAUGCUGGUUUUACAAAUGAACUUGUCCAGAAUCACUGGAGUAAGCAGAAAAACCUCAAGGGAGUAAAAGCUCGCUUUGUUGUGACCGAUGGUGGAAUUACCAGAGUAUACCCUAAAGAGGCUGGAGAAGAUUGGCAAGAAAAUCCAGAAACAUAUGAAGAUAGUUUCUAUAAACGGAGUCUGGAUAAUGACAACUACAUAUUUACUGCUCCCUACUUUAACAGAAGUGGAUCAAGUUCCUAUGAAUCAGGGAUUAUGGUAAGCAAGGCUGUGGAAAUAUACAUUGAUGGAAAACUCCUCAAACCUGCAGUUGUUGGAAUAAAAAUAGAUGUUGGUACCUGGAUAGAGAAUUUCACCAAGGCUUCAAUAAGGGAUCCGUGUGCCGGUCAAGUUUGCGACUGCAAAAGAAACAGUGAUGUAAUGGACUGUGUAAUUUUAGAUGAUGGUGGAUUCCUUCUAAUGUCAAAUCAUGAUGAAGAUACUAACCAGAUUGGGAGAUUCUUUGGAGAGAUUGAUCCAAGCUUGAUGAGACACCUCAUCAAUGUGUCUGUUUAUGCCUUUAAUAAAUCUUAUGAUUAUCAAUCUGUUUGUGACCCUGGUAGUUCACCAAAACAAGGAGCAGGAAAUCGUUCAUCAUAUGUGCCAUCAAUAGCAGAUAUUUUGCAUAUAGGUUGGUGGGCCACUGCUGCUGCAUGGUCUAUCCUACAGCAGUUGAUUUUGAGUCUAACUUUUCCACGGCUUCUUGAGGCAGUGGAUGUGGAUGAUGAUGAUUUUUCUGCUGUGUUAUCAAAGCAGAGCUGCAUUACUGAACAAACUCAGUAUUUCUUUGACAAUGAUAGUAAAUCAUUUAGUGGGGUAUUGGACUGUGGAAACUGUUCCAGAAUAUUUCAUGUAGAAAAGCUUAUGAACACCAACUUAAUAUUCAUAAUUGUUGAUGGCAAGGGGACAUGUCCUUGUGAUACACGGGUACUAAUCCAAGCAGAACAGACUUCUGAUGGGCCAAAUCCUUGUGAUAUGGUUAAGCAACCUAGAUACAGAAAGGGACCUGAUGUAUGCUUCGAUGACAAUAAAAUGGAAGAUUAUUCGGAUUGUGGUGGGGUUUCUGGAUUGAACCCAUCGUUGUGGUCUAUGAUAGGAAUCCAGUUUGCACUGCUUUGGCUGUUAUCUGGCAGUAGACAUUGCCAGUUAUGAUGUUAUGAAACCAAAAUCUGCAUAACUGAUCUCAAGACCCUGCCAAAACAUGAGUCCUAUUUAAGUACAAAAGGGUCAAUUAUUCAGACGGCAGAAAAUCACCUGUUCUCAAAACAACAAGGUAUAACUAUUUGAAAGACUCAUUAGGCACCCACAAUGGCUGCAUGUUGGAGUGUCAGACCCUUAAACUUGUGUGAAUGCUGCAUCACCUAUUCUGUCAAAGCAGAAUCCUAUAUGUACUUUACUGAGGAAUCUGAUAUUUUUGUUGUUGGAUCAUUGACUUCAUGUAAAAGGGCUCCCCCUUUAAAAUGGCUUCUUAAUCAUAUCAGUUCUCUAUAUUUUGACCUAAAAAUCAAUUCAUUUUGCUCCCUUUUUUUGAUCAAGAUUUCCAGGAAUUAAUUUUAUUUUGCUUUGAUAUUUGAUUCCAUUAAAACUUUGAAUAAUAGUUGUGUUAGAAACAAAAUCAGAGAUGAAUUCUAAAUGAUGUAAAUAUUAAAACUGGCUAGUCUUUGUCAAAAGUUCACCAUGAUUGAAAUGCCUUAUGAAGAGUGGCUUAUUCUGCCAAAAAUAUAUUUUAAAAAUGGGUGACCAGCUAAGUUUUUUGGGGGGUGGGAUGUUGGUAGAUUUUAACUGUUGGUUUAAGUAAAACAACCACUAAACUAAAGGUGCUUGAGGGUUUGCUAUUUAAUUCAUCAAACAUAUUUUCUUGAUAAAUAUCAGCCCUUUAAAAAGAACAGUUCAAAUUAAUGUUCCCUUUGUUCACAGUAUAGUUGUGUAAUCCUAAGCAAAUCUUUUAAAAAAAAGUCCUUUAAAAGAUGGUAGGAGUGGUGGGUGGGAUGGGAAGGGAAAAACUUUUUUGUGAUCAUUGAACUUUGGCUACCAAGGGUAUUUUGCAUGAUGCUGCUGCUAUUUUUUGUUUGUUUCUUUUUUUCAGCUGUAGAGUGUAAUUUAUUUUUAAAGUAACUGAGUGGUAUUAUUAAGGUAAACUGAAAUUUGCAAUUAUAAUGCACUUAAAUACUCUUACAUGAUCGGGUUAAAUAAAGAUAUCUGAAUAUACUGUGAAAUGAAAAAUGCUGAAAGACUGGACUGAGUAAGAAUAUGGAGAAAUGGAAUUUUAUAUAGAUUAGUGCUUUUGCUUGAAAACCUGUGUAUAGAUAUUUUAAGUAUGUAAAUCAAAUUUGACACAUUUAUUUUUAAAGAUCACAUAUAUGUUCUCAAUGAAGAUUCAUAUCAGGUUUCCUCUUUGUUCAAUUAAAUAUUGGCUCCUGCAGUUUUAAGAAGUUCUCUUGCUGUUUUUCAUUAAAAAUGGCCAGUUUGACUAAGCAAAAUUUCCAACCAAUUGAAUGACAUAUUAAAAUAAAUUGAACAAAACAGGAAACCCUGAAUUUAUGCUCAUGUACAUUAAUACUUGAUUGUGAAUUAAAGUUUUUUUUUUUUUUAAUACAACUUCAUUAGUAAAACUGGUGCAGGAAAUCAUGAUAAUUCACUGUAGUAUAGGAUAGCAGUAGAAGUGUGUUUGUUUCUGAUUAUCAAAAGUAAACAGUAUUGUGAGAGAUAAAUCAAUGAAUGUACGACUCUAGUAAUCUAUAAUUUAGCUAAAAGCUACAAUCUGCAAAUGUUUAUAUAAAGUUCAUUAAUUCAUAAAAGCAGAAAAACACCAUGCAAAAUAUCUAUAUGAGUGUAUACAUAUACAUAUAUAUUUAUAUAUGUAUAUAUCUAUAUAUGUUGGAAAGGCAUUCCUGUAUUUUUUUUAACCAAUAUCAAAAUUUUACUGAAGUUGUACAGCAUGUUUGACACAUAACAAAGAGCAAAACCAACCCUAUGGCAUGGCUUAAAAGUGGUUUGUUUGUUUUUCCUUUUUUGUUAUAUCCAAUACCACUGGUGGCUCUCCAAUAUACCCUUGGUUCCAAUUGUAUCUGUUUCCUUAUUUAUUUAUUUUCAAAAAAGGGAAACUUCUAGCUUUGGUUGUCACAACUGACAUUAAUUUAUACUUCUAGUUCUAGUUUUUUUUGAUAGUGGUGAGCCCAUUUAUACCUGGGUGCAACAAAGUAUUACCUUCCUUAUCUUAAUGACAAUGAUGAUUAAAUACACACACAUCACUAUCAACAACUUUACAGCAAAAGGAAAUCCUACCAAAAUGAUAAGUACAUGGAAUGUUAUAUUCUAGGUGGAAUUGAUUAGUCAAAUGUUUUAAAUAUACUUUAUGAUUGACUCUAAAACCCUCAGGUAAAACUAAUUUGUUUCUCUAUUGAUUUUCUUGUUUGGAGAAUGUCAAAAUAUACAAUGCUAAACCAACAUGCUUAAACUAUUUAAGUUAUAUAUUUUAGAUUACUAAAAUAUAUAAAUACUGGUGUUGAAUCUUUGCUAAACUCUGUCAAGUCAGUAGCAAGUUUCAAUAUUGGGAAAUUAUAGCAAGGACUCCCCUAGAUGAUAUAUUUAAAUAAUAAAUAUUAAAAUCAUAUAAUUAUUUCCAACAUAGAAUACUCUCUUGAAAAACAUUUUAAAAUACCAUUAUCAGUGAGUAAUGGAAUCUUUUUCAUGGGAUUCAUUCUUUAUUGAACUAAUUACAAUUAAACUUGGUAUCCUAUUCCAUUUCUAUUGGCAUAAAAACAUUUUAGUGCAUGAGAAGCUCAUUUCUGUUAGGAAAAAAGUAUAUAAUCUGUAAACCACAUGCAUGGUGAUAAAUUUCAUAAGCAAAGUUUCUCUGACUGAAAAAUGUCCUUGUGACUGCUGUUAGUUUUAAAUCUCCUAGCAUACUUUUCUAAGAAAAAAAAAACCCAUUUCUUCAAAUUACAAUGUGUAAAAUUGAUUAUUUUCCUGUGAGUUUUGACUGUUGGCAAUGAUUUAAUAGAUGUAUCCUAUAAAUAUUUGUUUCCAAAGCAUUUAAAAAAUACAAGAGAUGAAGGAAAGCUUUGAAUACAUUUGAUUUACACCUUACUCAUGCAACAUCCUAUAGAUUCUUCAUUAAGUCAAAAUUAAAACAGCAUUGGUGUUAAGUAAUCAGUAAAGGAUUUAACAUAAAUGGCUCCUCUCUAGUUUCUUCAUUUGAACAACCAGCAUUACUGCCAAAACACCAAUCGUGGUCCAUAUUUGUAACAGGUUUUUAACAUGACAUAGUUAGCAAGUUUGACUGAAAAGAUUUUUAGGUUCUGGACUUAAAAGAUUUUAGUAUGACCUUUUUCAUGUUUCUAAUGCUUGAGGCUUUAUUGCUCAACUUGGAGAAAAAAACACCAGUGUUGCUGCCAUUUGUAAGUUUUCCUAUAAUAUUCCUUUUAUUAACUCUAAACUGGCCUUACUGGAUUCAAAUAGGCAGUAUCCCUUUUAAGUGACCUUUGCAACCCAAGUGUUACUUGCUGUUUGAUGCUUUCAGUAUGUUAUAAAUAACAUUCAAACUUUUGUCCCCCUACACCAAAGCUUAACUUUUGUCUUAAUAUCAAAUUCUUACCCAUUGGUCCUGUGAGAUAAGAAGCUCAACUUGCUAGAAUUAUAGAGAAUUGACAUAGUGGGCCACUAGAGAAUGUCUGUGAUGCUUUUACAAAGGAUACUAGAAGGACUAGCAACCCAAGUUUGCUCCCACCUCCAUCUUCUAUUCAGUCCCCAAAUAAAGGCCAAGCUUUAUUUUUACCCCAAUAUUAGAAUGUUAAUAUUGUUAAUAGUCAGUGUACACUAUUGUAAACAAACAAAACAAAAAAAGACAAGUAUCUGAAAAUCAAAUCUGGAGUUCCAAUAGCAUUAAUCUAUUUUCAACAAGAACUUAUUUUUGCAUUGUUUCUUGUUUAAAAAAUCAUCUCAAACAAAUUUCACUGAGGCUUAAGGAAUAUACUGUCUUAUUUAGAUGCCAACUGAACUUACAAUGUGAACUAAGUUGUCUUCUCUGUUGUGUUCUAUGGUAUGUCUGGAUCAUGCUUUUGGGGAUGUUUUUAUUGAAAUGCUCAGUGUGCAUCCAUUUAAAAAAAAGGCUCUGGCUUGCUCUUGUUGGGCAACAGGACUUUUCUCCCUUUUAUUGUGUUCUCUUGACACUUUUGUGGAACUUGACAAGCCUGAAAAAAUUUUUUGUAAAAAUUUGUAUAAUACUGUUAUAAAAAAUUUAUAAUCAUAGAAAAUGUUGUGUUAAUUCUUGUGCAAAAAAACAACAGUAUAUUCAGAAUAAAAAUUUAUCAUUUGAAACCACUA